CACAUGGAAAUAACUGCACUGUCAAAAAACGUAGCUCCAGUGGACAGUCCGUGUUCAAAAAGAAACCUAACAGCUUCUGUUUUAGUAAGUUCACGCCAAUGGCAGACACCGAACAUGAAGCCAUCAAAAACAUCGAACAGCAGAAGACCAACGUCGACACCAAGUCUAAAACGAAUUUCAAAGAGAACGAGGACAUCAUCACCAUCGACUUGGACGUCUUCUCAGACUCUGGCGAAGACAACAGCCCCACCAGCCAGACCCAGCAUCAUCCAGACGACAAUGUCCAGUGCCACAACUCUGAGACGGCCACAGCUGAGAGCCGUGAGUCAUCGGAUUUAAAAAUUACUAAAGUAUUUUCUUUAGCCAUGGAAAAUAAAGAAUCCCAGGCUAAAAGGAUGAAAACUGAAGUGUUAAAAUCUUCAAAAAAUGAUAAUACAAUUAAGCAAUCUUUUUCUGCUGCAUUCAAUCCAAAAAAUCUACCAGAAGACACCAAUGACAGCAGUGAGAAAAUAGCCCUACACAUCAUAGACCUGGACAACUAUGUUGAAGACAGCAAAGCCAUGAGCAAGUCAGAACCAGAGGACAAAGCCAGGCUGGACAAUUUCACUGACAUGGACAGCAACAACAAUGUUUUCGUCUCCCCCCUGUCGGUGACCUCACUUGAUAAGAAAGGUGAUUUCCUUUCGCAAAAACUUCUACAGAUAAAAGAAGAACAAAAUUUUGACUGCGGCCCUGAUUAUGACACUCAACCUGUAUCUGGUGAUAUCUCAUCAAGUGGUUUGAAAGCUCAGCAAACACUGUCAGCCUUGGAUGAGGUUUUUGGAAAUGACCACUAUGAAAACAUUGAGUUCAGCACAAUCUUUUCAUCACUGGACGAGUACCACCAGUCCUGUGAGGAUGCGGGUGUGUACUCGGCUGAUUCUCACGCCCACGACAGCUCAAACAUUGAGACCUACAGCUUUUCAAUCACAGACCUUGACAACCAAAACUUCAAACCUUUCGAGUCUGACAGCGGGAUGUUUGAUUCAAAUCAUUCCUUGCCCAUGCCAAACCAAAACCUGUAUGCAGUACAGAUAAACGACCAGCACCCUCAAAGUGGCAGACUUGCAGACUGCGAGGUAGGGGUAAAAUCUCAAGUAGUUAUGAAAACAGAAAAGGUUGAGACAUCUGGCUUAGAGAGCUGCACCUUCUCCAACAUCCAGCCCAGUCUGGCUGAGGACAGUUAUCAGUUUACCAAUGCCUGGCAGCCAACAGUACCAUCACAGAGUACCAUGCAGGUCUACCGGAAAACCCCACCCAUCACUGCAACACCAAACCCAACCACCUGUCACUACGCUGAUGGUUUCCCAGACACAGCAAACCGUGACGCAGUGUUCUACGACUGCUGCGCUUAUGACCACUGCGGGCAGUAUGCACAUCAUGACAAUUACUAUUUCCAGAAUGCCCCGGGCAUUAUGCCCAACACUUACUCAGACUGGAGCCAGGUGUCUCCCAGCACGAGCGUCCAUGACGCUGCCACUUCACAACUCCGGCAUGGUAUGGACGCCACCUUUUGGCCAGGUCCUUCCAACAGAAAUGACAUGGCAGCGCCAGAACUGGACCAGAUCUUGCAGAUUGAAACUAACGAGGAAGACGAGGAAACUGAUGAUGCUGACGAAUGCCUUGAAAUCUGUGAUUUCGAUGAUGAGGAAUUUUAUGACAGUCCUUUGAGAUUAUGUGCACAGAAGACACAGUCUUUAAAACCCGCGGCAGAUGCGGUGACGCAAGUCAGGACAAUGACUCUGGGGUACUUUUCAGAUGACAGCUCCCAAGCAACAACCUGCAGCCCAUCCACCCUAACCCCUCCUCCGUCAGCGUCCAGCACACCCAUUCCACAAGUUGUCCCUGAGGGUCAGAUGCUAGAGGACAUGAGAUUUUACAACCCGUGGCCUGUGUCUUUGAGUUACGUCAACCCCUCCAACAUUCCAUCCACCAGUGCCUUCCCACACUGCACACUAAGCAGCGAGUUGUUGGAGACAACUUUGCUCACCCACGGCCUGCAGCAGAGCAUGAGGCGGCCGUUUCCUUCAAUGGCAGAUGCUAUGCACAGCGGCCGCUUUUCCGGCAAGUCCAUGUUUAAUAAAAAGUGCAGCACCGAUAUCAAUCUAGUGCCGAGGCGCUGCGGCAGGCCGAGAAAGGUUCAGAUCCAGUCAGAUAAAAUAACAACCUCCACAUCCAAGAACCCGAGGAGCCGACAAAAAAUGAAAAACAGGUCUGAAGAAACCGGUCAUCAGGCGCUGGACCAAGACAGCGUGGAUGACGGAGAUGAAACCGGGUGCAGUGGGGAGGGUCAGCGUGUGAUCAGACACAACGAGCCACUGAACCAGCUGGCUAUAAAUAUCAUGUCCCAGUGGUUUGACGAGCACGUGCAGAAUCCCUACCCCAGCAAAGCAGAUAAGGAGGACAUGGCCAAGAGAGGAGGCAUCACAGAGAAUCAGGUGAAAUCUUGGUUUGCAAACAAGAGAAACCGCACCAACAAUACAAAACCAAAGGUCCAGAAGCGCGCCAUGGAGGAGAAGCUGAGAGAGCUCUUCAGGAAUCUAGAACACAAUCACCGCAACCCACAAGCUGAUAACACACGCAUUAUCCAGCAACUGUCCGGUAUCAUACAGACAUGUCAUUUGAAGAAGAUGGAAUAGGAGGGAAAAAUUCUAAAAAAUUUGAUUAUACAGUUGUUGUAUUUAAAAAAAUAAUCAAUUCGUUAAUUUAUUUACUUUCUCUCCCCUUACUUUCCAUUUUUUAAAUUAUCAGCAACUGAAAAAAAAACUAACCAAAUUACAAGUAAAUUUUUAAAUGUUCGGUUGCAGUGAUAUCCUUUUUUUUUUAACACCAGUAGAUUAUCUACAAAAUUUGUGAUAAAAGUUUGGUCAUGGUGCAAGCCUUUCCUUAGUUUAAAAACAAUCUAGUUAAAUAAUUUAUCAGCUCGCUAUAUCUUUUACAAAUGUCAAGAAGCCAAAUGCUAGUUUUAUGUAUCUUUUCUGUGAUAUAAAAUAAUUGGAACAUUUAAUUGUUUCUAGUUUUGCAAAGCUAAAUAUACAAAGAAAACAAUUAACUAAUCUCAGCUGAAAUUUUUCAAUAAUACAUUUUGCAUUCAUUUUUGUAAUGUCGGCAGUAUUACUGUUGCCUCGUACCUUAUUUUCACCAUCUCACUUUUUAAGCAUUUGUCCUAAUCUUGUUCACAUGGAUUAUUACUAGAAAUAUAAAGUUCAUUAAUUGCUUUUAUAAUUUGUCUACUAUUUAUGUUUUUACAAGGAAUAAUGAUUUUGACUGGAACUUGACUUCUUCACAAGUUUUUCCGUGUACAUUUAACAUUUUUGCUUUGCACUUAUUUCCUUAAGUGUUUGAGAGUAUUCAAACUAAAACUUUUAAUUUAUCUUAAGAGCCAAUCCUACUAAUAUGUAUCAAUGAUUGAAAUUACUACUGACAGUACUGUUGGAAACUUUUUCUUACAAAUUAAUUAAUUUGUAUUAAAAUAUUUUUUUUUUAAAGCAGUGCUACAAUCACAUAUUUGUAUUCAAGCGAUGAUGCGAUCAUGUAUUUCUGUUAUCAAGCAAUGUGAUGAAACGAGGUGGUGUACAGAUAUUUAGUUGUUAAAAACAUCUAAUUUACUUGAGCCAGUUUUUCUUUACUGGGCGAUGCUUUUAUUUCAUGUGUGUGUUUCUGUGUUACCAUCUUAAGGAAGAUGAUUGACUUGUUGAAAUGUAAUCCAUCAACUACAGAACAGGAACAUUUUGGUUGUUCCAUUUUCUUUUUUUUUUCCGUUGAUAAAAACUUUUUUUUUGUAAUCUUUACACUUUCUUUGUUUUUAAAAAAUUAAAGCAAAAAAAUGAAUUAAAAAUUUACAAUGAAUCAAUAUCUUAUUUUCCAAAUCAAUUGUUUCAAAUUUCACGAACGCAAUUCUAAACUGACUUAAAACUUACUUUGGUUUAAAUUUAACCAUAUAUUCUUGGAUAGUUAAUUACUGUAUUUUCAAAUAGAUUUUUGAUGUAAAAGAUCUGUGAAAAAAUCAAAUAUUAAAAUGUUUUUUUUAUUUAAAAGAAAUUAUUGAAGUGUGAAAGCUAUUUGAAUGAGAACUAACCUCAAAAACACUGUGUACAUUUCUACUACUAAUGAUCUGAUCUUUCUCAUCUAAUCAAAUAUUAAGAAAACCAAAAUGUAUAACCCUUUUUUAUUAAGCAAAAGUAAAUAUUUUUAUGCAAGGAUUUGUACAUUUUUCUCAGUUUUCUUCAACUGAGAUGUUUAUUUUUAGCACCUAGUGUUCCUGAUGUCGUAAUUUUCUGGCUUGUUGAUUCUGUGAUCCAAUAAUUUUAGUAACUGUUGCCAUAAUUGUCUUACACUUGUUACCUUAUAUUAAACCUUCUUGCACUAGUGACUUGCACUAGUGAUACAUUCCUGCAAUGUAUAAUUUCUCUUUACACUUGACUCUCAAACUCUAUUAACAUAAUUGUAUAAAAGUGUUUCAGUGUGAUUUUUUUUUUAUUACAUUAUUUAUUUUUAUGUGUAAAUUUUGUACUGCUGACAACUGAUUUCCAAGUGUCUGAUCAUUUUUUUUUUACAUGAGUGGUUGGGCUUGAAUGUAUUUUUUUUUUGUUUAUUUAUGCAGGCUGCAUCUACUUAUAACAGAUAAUUGAUUUUAUAAAUAAAAUGUUGAUUUAUGGGCAACAAAGAUCAA